CCUGCCCGGGGAGCGGCUUUUGUUCGCGGCGGGGCCGCGGGAGCGAUGGGCGAGGGCCCCGCGGCCGCCUCCGCGCCGGGAGCAGCGAGCGCGCAGCGGCACCGGCCGGAGAAGGGACUCUGUCUCCUGCCAGCACCUCUCCAGGGGGUCAGGGAGGAAGGUGUGUCCCCCCAUGGCAGCCGGCUCCCCCACGUAACGCCAGCCAAACUGGACACCGCGGGCCCGCAAGAGACGCCCCCCGGCCAGCGCCCACCUGCCCACUGCCUCCUGUCCGGCCCGGCCUCGCCGCUCGCUGCCCUGCCCCACGCUGACCCCGUGCCCCCGGCUGCGGGCAGACGUCGCGAUGCCGCCACCAUCACCGACCUGUGCAGCGGUGGCGAUGUCCCCGAGGUGGAGAUCAUCAGCCUGCUGGGCGAGCAGCUGCCCCGCUACAAGCUGCGGGCGGACACUGUCUUCGGCUACGACCACGACGACUGGCUGCGAGCCCCCCCUGCCCCCCCGGAGCCCGCAGCCCCCCUCACCCCCAAGCAGAUCGCGGAGACCCUGCAGUACUUCCUCCUGUGCACCGAGCGGGCCGUCAGGAUCACCAAGACCUACCACGACAUCGAUGCCGUCACCAACCUGCUGGAUGAGAAAGAGCGGGACCUGGAGCUGGCGGCGCGCAUCGGGCAGUCCCUGCUGAAGCAGAACCGGAGCCUGACGGAGCGCAACGAGCUGCUGGAGGAGCAGCUGGAGUUGGCCAAAGAGGAGAUCGCGCAGCUGCGCCACGAGGUCUCCAUGCGGGACGACUUGCUCCACUUCUACACCACCACCACGGAGGAGAGCGAGCCCACCUCGGCCACCGCCACGCCGCUGCGGCGGCAGGAGUCGUCCUCGUCCCUGCAGCAGUUCUUCCAGUACGACACCUUGCAGCAGAAACUCAAGUGCCUGGAGGAGGAGAACCAGAAGCUUCGCUUGGAGGCCACCAACAUUGCAAUCGAGACCUGCCAGUACGAGGACCAGGAGCACCAGCUGAUGAUCGACUGCGUGGAGCAGUUCUCUGAAGCUAGCCAGCAGGUCGUCUGCCUCUCCGACGAGCUGGCCCGCAAGGCGGAGGACACGGUGCGGCAGCAGGAGGAGAUCAGCCAGCUCCUGGCACAGGUGGUGGACCUGCAGCAGAAGUGCCGCGCGCUGCGGGACCUGCAGGAGAAGUACACCGAGUGCGGUGGGAUGCUGCAGGAAGCCCAGGAGGAGGUGAAGAGCCUGCGCAGCCGCAGCUUCCCCAACAGCACCGUCAGCCGCUACGGCGCGCCCAGCCUGCUGCCCCUGGACUCUCUGGCAGCUGAGAUCAAGGGGACGAUGAGGAAGGGGACAGACGGCUCCUCCUCGGACUACAAGAGCUACCUGCGCGUCUUCGAGACGGUGAAAGCGGUGAACCAGGCGGCCAAAGCCAAGUCGUGCUCCGAGUCUCCCCUGAACGUGCCCAGCUCCAAGCAGAUGUCGGCCGCCCCGUCCGGGGGGGGCAACACCCCCCCCGCCGGCCUCUGUGGCUCAGAGGGCACCCGGGGCGAGGGGUCCGGCGAGGAGCCCCGGGGGGCUGCCCCGGGCCGGCGGGACCUGGAGGCGGCGGUGCAGCGGCUGUCGGCGCGGCAGCAGAGCCAUGCCUCGGAGGAGCGCUCCUUCUUCGAGGCCGAGCGGGAGCGCAAGCUGUGGAGGCUGCGGGACGGGGAGGGCUCCAGCGGCUUCCUCACCCCCAGCGAGAGCGUCCUGUCCACCGGCACCAACCACUCGGGGGGCUCGGAGCUGACCACCGGCUCCGGCUUCUCCCUCGGUUCCCUCACCUACCUGCCCGACAAGCUGCAGAUCGUGAAACCCCUGGAAGGCUCGGUGACGCUCCACCACUGGCAGCAGCUGGCACGGCCCAACCUGGGGGGGAUCCUGGUGCCCCGUCCCGGGGUGCUCACCAAAGACUUCAGGCAGCUGGACAUCGACCUGGAGGAGGUGUACAGCCUCACCGACCUGGAGGAGGACGAGGUGGAGGCUGCCUCCUUCCAGCUGCUCCCUACCUCCACACCCGCCAAAGCCAAGGAGCGCCCCGGGGUGUUCCUCUCCGCUAACAACCUCCCCCAGACCCCAUCUACCUUCACCAUCACCACCUGCCACAUCUUCCACCCCACCACCGAGAUCACCACGGUGACACCCAGCUACUUCAAAACCUGGGCCCUUUCCCAGGGUGUGCUGGAGGAGCCAGGCAGGGCUUGGAGUGGAGCUCUGCCAAGCCCCCUGCUUCCUGCUGGGCCUGGGCUGGAGCGAGGACCAGGCACCUUAAUUAAUGAGCCCUAAUGUGCCCCUGGUUCGGGCUGGGCUGAGCUGGAGCCUGCUGUUAGCCAGGGAGAACUUUUGCCUUCCCAAUGCCCGUGGAGCAGUGCCUGUGCCCCCUCCUCUCUUU